UUCUUAUCCUUCUCCGCUUCUGUGCUUGCUUUCCCUUGAUCGAUCGGCCAUCACGCCAGCCGGUAGAGAUACCCACCGGAGUUAGACGCAGAAGAUGGCUGAAAGAGGAGGAUUUGGCCGCGGCUUCGGCCGGGGUGGCCGCGGCGACCGCGGCAGAGGUGGACGUGGAGGUGGCAGGCGUGGGGGCGCCCGCCGUGACGAGGAGGAGAAGUGGGUGCCGGUGACGAAACUCGGUCGCCUCGUCAAGGAAGGGAGGAUCCGAACACUGGAGCAGAUCUACCUCCACUCUUUGCCCGUGAAGGAGCAUCAGAUCAUUGAGACUCUCUUGGGCCCCCAGCUUAAGGAUGAGGUCAUGAAGAUCAUGCCCGUCCAGAAACAGACCCGUGCUGGGCAGCGCACCCGAUUCAAGGCCUUCGUCGUCGUAGGCGACGGCAACGGCCACGUUGGUCUCGGUGUUAAGUGCAGCAAGGAGGUUGCAACCGCCAUCCGUGGUGCCAUCAUCCUGGCCAAGCUUUCUGUGAUCCCCGUGAGGAGGGGUUAUUGGGGUAACAAGAUUGGGAAGCCCCACACUGUUCCCUGCAAGGUCACCGGCAAGUGCGGUUCCGUCACCGUCCGCCUGGUGCCCGCACCCAGGGGUUCCGGGAUUGUCGCGGCCCGUGUGCCCAAGAAGGUGCUUCAGUUCGCCGGCAUAGAGGACGUCUUCACCUCCUCCCGCGGUUCCACAAAGACCCUUGGUAACUUUGUCAAGGCAACCUUCGACUGUCUGUUGAAAACAUAUGGUUUCCUUACACCUGAUUUCUGGCGAGAGACUCGAUUCACAAAAUCUCCAUUCCAGGAAUACACAGACUCGUUAGCAAAACCUACAAAGGCGAUAAUUCUUGAGGAUGUUGAGAAGGAUGUUGCGUGACCUAGUUCUUGUGUUUGAAGAUUAGUUUCUUUUUCCCUUCUUGCUUGAAUCAGUGGUACAGCAAUUUUGGUUUGCCAAGAACAGAUAUUUUCUUUAAUAUUUCGGCUGAAUCUUUUCUGGAACGUUAUAUGUUCAGAGUUUGUAGAAUUUGUCAUAAACCCGCCCUAUGCGUUUUGUUUUCCUUUUAA